UGUACAAAUAAGUAGUAACAAUGAACUUUCAUAUUAUGGACCAAUAUCAAUUGGAGGACAAUCUUUUAACGUUCUAUUUGAUACUGGAUCUGCCAUACUUUGGGUUCCAGGUACAACAUGUAAUUCAUCAGAAUGUAAUGGAAAAAAUAAAUAUGAUUCUACGAAAGAUAAAACAUUUAUAAAUAAUAGUACUUUUGCGAUUAAUUACGGAUCAGGACAAGUAUCAGGAACUUCGGGAUUUUCGAAUUUAACUAUUUCAGAUCUUACGACUACGAAUCAAUAUUUUGGAAUAGCUAAUUUAAUUCAAUUUCCACAGAUAAGUAGUACACCAUGGGGUGGAAUAUUUGGGUUAGGCCGCUCACAAUCAACAAUAACUUUAUUUAAAGAACAAGGACUCAUUAGUUCAAGUCAAUUGGCAUUCAAAUUUGGAAGAGAUAAUGAAUCAUCAAGCCAUUUAAUGAUUGGUACGACAGAUCCAUCCUUGUACGUGGGUACGAUUACUUGGUCAUCUUCGAGUAAUAGUAGUUGGACAAUUCCUAUUGAUGAUAUUUUGGUCAAUAAUACACAAAUAGGAUUUAAUAACACUCAGUCGCUUAUUGAUACUGGAACUUCUUAUAUAUUUGUUCCAAGUGAUAAUGCUACAAAAAUUUAUAAUCAAAUUCCAAAUUCACAAAACAUUAAUGGAUCAUUCUAUUUACCUUGUAAUAAUCAAGUACCAAUUAGUGUUAAAAUCAAUGGAAUAACUUGGAAUAUUGAUAACAGAGAUCUUAUUGAUUAUACCUCAUCUGAAAAUAAUGGAACUUGUAAAGGAACUAUUCAGACUGGUGGUGGAUGGAUUCUUGGUCUUUCUUUUUUGAAGAAUGUAUAUAGUGUUUUUGAUCAAGAUAAUGGUCAAAUUGCGAUGCAGGGACUUUUAUUUAAAAUUUUGUUUAUCAAAGAGAAUCAUGAUCUAACUAAUGGUGAUUUUUUGUCUAGAGAAUGUGCAACAAAAGAGUUAUUCACAAAUUAA